AUGGAGUCACUCCCGUUUUCCCCAUCCCCUACUAUUAUUCUUAUUCUUUUGAGUAUUCUUCAUUGUCAAGCCGCCAAAGUGGAGAGUGUGAUUGCAGAAGGGGGUGCUUCUCGUUUCAGUGCUUCUUCGGGGGGAGGAGGUGGUAGGGGUGCACCUCAGCACUAUCCCAAGACUGUCGGCAACAGCGAGUUCCUGGGGAAAACCCCAGGGCAAAGCGUUCAGAGAUGGGUUCCUUCACGAAGCACUAGACGAGAUGCCAACUCCAGUAACGAGAAAGAGCGACAUGAUGCAAUCUUCAGGAAAGUGAGGGGCAUACUCAACAAACUCACGCCUGAGAAGUUUGACAAGCUAUGCCUUGAGCUGCUGAAUGUGGGCGUAGAUUCAAAACUCGUCCUUAAAGGAAUCAUCUUGCUGAUUGUAGACAAAGCCCUAGAAGAGCCGAAGUAUAGCUCGCUCUAUGCUCAGCUAUGUCUGCGCUUGGCAGAGGACGCACCAAACUUUGAUGGCCCUUCAUCUGAGAUCCAAACAUCCCAAAAGCAGAGCACAACCUUUAGAAGACUUCUGAUUUCCAAGCUUCAAGAUGAAUUUGAAAAUCGCACCAGAAAUGUUGAAAUCUAUGACAAACAUGACAACCCUCUUACUUCUGAGGAGGAGGAGCAGCGUGCCAUUGCCAAGAUCAAGAUGCUUGGCAACAUUAAAUUCAUCGGGGAACUUGGCAAACUUGACCUCAUCCAUGAAUCUAUCCUUCAUAAGUGCAUCAAAACACUUCUGGAAAAGAAGAAGAGAGUCCAGCUCAAGGAUAUGGGAGAGGAUCUCGAAUGCCUCUGUCAGAUAAUGAGAACAGUGGGGCCGAGACUCGACCAUGAGAAAGCAAAGUCUUUAAUGGAUCAGUAUUUUGGCCGUAUGCGAUCCUUAAUGAACAACAAGGAGUUGCCUGCUAGGAUCCGCUUCCUGCUGCAAGACACAGUGGAGCUGCGUGAAAACAACUGGGUCCCCCGCAAGGCCUUCAUCGACAACGGACCAAAGACGAUAAACCAGAUCCGUCAAGACGCAGUGAAGGAUUUGGGUGUUUUCAUCCCAGCACCCAUGUCUCAGGGGAUGAGGAUGGACUUCUUCCUGGAAAGCCCUUUCAUGCCCAACAGAGUGAAGCUGGACAGGGAGACCCUUGGCGGAUUGGCUGACAUGUUUGGACAGAUGCCAGGCAGUGGGAUUGGAACGGGACCGGGAGUUAUUCAGGAUAGGUACUCGCCCACCAUGGGACGCCAUCGCACCAACCCACUCUUCAACGGCCACAGCGGUCACAUCGCGCCUCCCCAGCAGUCACAGUUCGACAUGGGGCCCAAGUCUUUCGUCAAAUCCAACCAGGUUCAGAACCAACAUUUCCUCAACCAGAGCCAGAACCACAUUAGCCAGCAGCAGGCCCAGUCCAAGGACAUGCCUCCACGUUUCAGCAAGAAAGGCCAGCUCAACGCAGAUGAGAUCAGCCUCAGACCUGCUCAGUCAUUCCUCCUCAACAAGAACCAGGUGCCCAAGCUUCAGCCUCAGAUCCCAAACAUGAUGCCUCCCAGUGCUCAGCCCCCCCGCACCCAAACCCCUCCAUUAGGACAGCCUCCACAGCUUGGCCUGAAGACCAACCCUCCGCCUAUCCAGGAGAAACCCCAGAAGACCAACAAGAAGCCGCCUCCUGCCAAAGAGGAACUUCUAAAAACAACAGAGUCGAUCAUGACUGACUAUCUAAACACCAAGAAUCUGCCUGAGGCCGUGAACGGCAUGCGAGAAAUGAAGGCGCCAAAGCACUUCCUGCCAGAGAUGCUCAGCAAGAUCAUCGUGUGUUCGCUGGACCGGCCUGAUGAGGAUAAGGAGCACGCCAGCACUCUGAUUCACACUCUGCGCACCGAGGGGCUCAUUUCUGGAGAAAACUUCAUGCAGGCUUUCCUCAACGUCCUUGACCAGUGCCCAAAGAUCGAGCUGGACGUGCCCCUGGUGAAGUCCUACCUGGCCCUGUUUGCUGCUCGGGCGAUCAUCGCAGAACUGGUGAGCGUGGCGGAGCUGGCCCACCCCUUGGAGAAUGGCACCCACUUCCCGCUUUUCCUGCUCUGCCUGCAGCAGACAGCCAAGCUGAAGGACCGCGAGUGGCUCACAGAACUCUUUCAGCAGAGCAAGGUCAACAUGCAGAAGAUGCUUCCAGAAAUUGAUCAGAAUAAGGACCGCAUGCUGGAGAUUCUGGAGGGCAAGGGGCUGAGCUUCCUGUUCCCUCUGCUGAAGCUGGAGAAGGAGCUGCUGAAGCAGAUAAAGGCAGACCCAUCUCCUCAAUCCAUCUACAAGUGGAUUAAAGACAACAUUUCCCCUAAGCUUCACACUGACAAAGGCUUUGUCAACAUCCUCAUGACAAGUUUCCUCCAGUACAUCUUCCAGGAGCUCUGCAUGACGGAGAGCGAUGAUCAGCUGUCAGCCCCCUCCAAAGAACAGCUGGAACAAGAGAAGCAGCUGCUGCUGGCCUUCAAACCCGUCAUGCAGAAGUUCCUGCACGACCACACGGAGCUGCAGGUCAGCGCCCUCUAUGCACUGCAGGUGCAAUGCAACGCCUGUGGGUUCCCUAAAGGGAUGCUGCUGCGCUACUUUGUCAACUUCUACGACAUGGAGAUUAUUGAAGAAGAGGCCUUCCUUGCAUGGAAAGAAGAUAUUACCCAAGAAUUCCCUGGAAAAGGAAAAGCUUUAUUCCAGGUAAACCAGUGGCUCACUUGGCUGGAGACGGCAGAAGAGGAGGAGUCUGAGGAAGAAGCAGACUGAAACCAAGGAGUGGCCUCAUGACUUCGAACCACACUUUGUUUUUAGACACUUUUUUUUUCUCCAUUUUAAACACCAUGCUUAAUUUAACCACUACCACGUGGCACCGAGCUGCUUCUGUGAAUCUAAACCAACAGCUGGUUCAUUUGUGAGGCUAAGAAGCGUAGUUUGACCUGUUGCCUCAUGUUGUGUGAACUUUUGUUUUUUUGGGCUCUGUGUUCUGCCAGCUGCACAAGUUCUUUAAGUUUAAAGUGACUACCCAGUUUCUCACCUUGUUUGUGGUUAAUUUUCUCACUUUAACAGUUUUUUUUAUUUUUUUGAAACAUUAUUUACACCUUUAUUCUCCAUCAUGCAAAAAAACAAAACUGAAGAUCUUAACAGAUAUUUAAAUACAUCUAUGAAAUGGUAUUGAUAGUGAGCUUCUUUAAGAUCACCACCAUUGUGUGCAAAACUGAAAAACGACAUUAAGGACUUGAUCAUCAGAGUGUGGGAAUAGGGGCAGUUCCACAUUAUCGGCCUAUUAAAGCCAAGAUGAAGCAUGAGCUGACUUGGCGUGUUGAAUCACCCGUGCACAAA